GUGAACUGUGAUUAUUGUCGAAAGGAUUUGGGAGUGUUGUGAAUUAUUUAAAAAUUUCUACAAUAUUAGAAAUAUGUAUAAGUAAUGAAUCAAUUCAGAUAAUAUGAAGCCUAUUAAGUACCUUCAAAAUUAAAACGACAACUUCUUUCGGCUUCGUAGAAAAAUAGCUAUGCCGGAGCAUUUGGAACUCCAGCAUCUUGUAGAUUUAUCAGUUGGUAGCGAUGAAACCUUGCCAAACCUACUCGAGAAUAAACGACCUUUGAUAAAGCGAUGUCCAUACAUUGGUUUACUCCUGGCCACAUUAUCUUCGCUUUUCUUUUCAUUAUGUUCGGUAAUAGUGAAAAGCCUAGUUAACAUAGAUCCAAUCCAACUGGCAAUGUUUCGUUUUAUUGGUGUCUUAUUGCCGACUGUGCCCAUUGUUAUUUACACUGAACAACCAAUAUUUCCACAAGGCAAACGAUUAUUACUUAUACUCCGAUCUAUUGUUGGCACCAUAGGACUAAUGUUAAGCUUCUACGCAUUUCGGAAUAUGCCAUUGGCGGAUGCUUCAGUGAUAGUUUUCUCAGUACCCGUGUUUGUUGCUUUGUUUGCUCGAGUAUUUUUAAAAGAGCCAUGUGGUAUUUGGAAUACAAUUUCAAUAAUAUUAACUCUAGUUGGUGUAAUACUUAUAACUCAUCCUCCAUUUAUAUUUGGUGAUGAAAAAGUGGAAAGCAAUGAAAAUUAUGAUAGUUUACGAGGUGCCAUUGCAGCAUUUGUCUCAACAAUAUUUGGGGCAAAUGCCUAUGUCUUGUUACGAGUACUUAAAGGUUUACAUUUCUCUGUUAUUAUGACUAAUUUUGGUGCUAUUGCUAUAUUACAAACAUUAUUUGUUUCUUUGGUUUUUGGCACAUUGUGUAUGCCAAAUUGUGGUACAGAACGACUUCUAGUUGUAUGCCUAGCUUUAUUUAGUUAUUUAGGACAAAUUCUACUCACUAUGUCUCUGCAAAUGGAGCAAGCCGGCCCAGUUGCUAUUGCAAGAUCUGCAGAUAUUGUAUUUGCUUUCCUUUGGCAAGUUAUGUUUUUUGAUGAAAUACCAAGUAAAUAUUCAGUUUGUGGAGCUGCAUUAGUUCUUUCGUCAGUAUUAUUAGUAGGUUUACGUAAAUGGGCUUUAGCUCUUCCAGCUGAGUCACAGUUAAGAAAAAUGUUAGGAGUUUUGGCACAGUAAAUAUUAUACUUUAUAUUUUUCAUACAUUAAAAUUAUUCUAAUGGUGUCUUUUGAAGCCUUAGUAUAAACAUAUUGUGGUUCCCUUUGAGUAGUUGAAGUAUAUUGAAUGUAGGCCUAGGUAAUGUUUAAAAUUUCUAAUUCAGUUCCUUCUAGUCAGUUAUUUAUUUAAUGAUAUUUACAAUAAGUUUAAACUUAUCAAAUUUGUUUAAUACACUGUUAACAAUUUUUAUUUCUUAAGUCAUUGUGUUAUGAUUCUUAUAAGUCCUCUAGUACUAAAACAAAUACUCCAAAGACUGUUAAACAGAAUGUAUAGACUAUAGUUUAAAUUAACAAACUGUAUGUCAAUGGGAUAGUGAAUAUUGUACCCAGAAAAGAGAUAUUAUCCCUACUAAAAUUAAAUCAUUCCUAUAGUGUUAAUAGGUAAUGUGUGUUUGCAUUAUUAAUUUAGUUUCUAUGAUGAAACUUUAUUUUAACAUAUUUUUUCAGUAAUGCAAAAAACAUGUUUAUUUAUCAUCAUAUUAAAAUGCACAUGCACAAAUACCAUAUGUGUACAGUGCUUGCACCUUGCCAGUAAUAUUUUUAAAUUCUAUAUUUGGUAAGUAUGCUGCAUUGUAUCAAACUAUGCAAUAAUAUAUUUAUUCAAUUAUUUAAAGUGGCUUAUAGUAUUGUUACUUAUAUGUAUUUAAUGUUAAUUGCAUCAAAGCUAAGUAGGCAUAAACUUAUAAGCUGGAGUUAUGUAACUCAUGUUAGGUAAAAAUGUUUUAGUGUAGUCAUGCAAUAAUUAGAUCUGACUACACUGGGCUUAAUUUUGUAAGAUGGAUUAAAUAUAUUUAGUUCAGUAUGUAUUCUUCAGUUAGGAUUCUUACAAUUAAAAAUUCAGUGCUAGAUUAAAUAUAAGCUAGUCAUUUAAGUAAUACCUUCCAUUUUGUGUUCCUUGUUGGCCUUAUCUUGCAUGUCUGGGUUGUGUGCUUACCAUGAUUAUCAAGCUUAAAAACUAUUCUGGUAUUUGAGUGACCACUUAAAUACAAUAGUACAGGCCCAAAAACUCCUGAUUAUUGUAGUAAAUACAAUUUUUCACCAUACUAAUUUUGUAUCUACAUUUCCUUCAUUUACAUAUAUAUUAAAAUGAAAUUUAUCAUAGUAAAAAUGAAAUUUAGAAUAUAAUAUACAACUAGUCACAAGCCACUGUUUUUAUUGCGCUAUUAAAUAUUUAAGAAUUGUUUUAUUAUAAGAAAUCAUCAAUCUAUUUAGAAAAUAUUAAAUUGUGAUAUUUUUCCUCACCUAUGUAAUGAGUUCUAUUGCUUAUUAAA